AUGUGUGAUAAGUCAAAAAAGAUACCGGACUAUACAAUAGAAUUCUUGGAUAAGUACAUACCUGAAUGGUUUGAGACGGGAAAAAAAAGUCCUUUGUUCAUUUUCUUCUCGGGUCCACAGGGCUCAGGUAAAAGUUUUACAAGCGUUCAAAUAUAUAAUCAUUUGAUGGAAAAAUACGGGAACGAAAAAUCUAUUGGUUUUGCCUCAAUCGAUGAUUUUUAUUUGACCCAUGAAGACCAAUUUAGGUUGAAUGAGCAAUUCAAGGACAACAAGCUCUUACAAGGACGUGGCUUACCUGGUACUCAUGAUAUGAAGUUGUUGCAAGAAGUGUUGAAUACAAUCCUUAAUAAUGACCAGCAUCCGGAUCAAGAAACCGUCACGUUGCCCAAAUACGAUAAAUCUCAAUUUAAUGGAGAGGGAGAUCGUUGCCUGACUGGUCAAAAAAUCAAACUACCAGUUGAUAUUUUUAUCUUAGAAGGUUGGUUCCUUGGGUUCAAUCCUAUUUUGCAAGGUAUUGAAAACAAUGACCUUCUGACUGGGGACAUGGUUGAUGUUAAUGCCAAGCUUUUCUUUUACAGUGAUUUGUUGUGGCGGAACCCAGAAAUAAAAUCUUUAGGGAUAGUAUUUACUACUGAUGACAUCAACAACGUUUACGGUUGGAGAUUGCAACAGGAGCACGAGUUAAUAUCUAAGGUGGGAAAGGGAAUGACUGAUAAACAGGUACAUGCCUUUGUGGACAGGUACAUGCCAUCCUAUAAACUUUACUUCAACGAUUUUGUCCGAAGCGAAAGUUUAGGUUCAAUAGCUACAUUAACGUUGGGCAUUGACUCUGACAGAGAGGUAUAUUCUACAAAAACCAGAUGUAUCGAAUAA